CGAGACCUGGCGCCUGGUUAAGGUGGUCUAUGAAUUGCCUCGAAGUAUAAAGCCUCCGAACUACCUCUCUACAUUGACAAUCCAGCAACCACAACUCGCAGACAGCGGCAGCAGUCUUUUCUUCGCGCUUCACAUUCUUUUUUUUAUUCUUAUUCUACCGCCACCGGCUGGCCCUUAUUACGACCCAAGAGCUAGUCUCACGCUCAUUAUUGCUAAACACUAUACCUUAUACAUUCACUACUACUACAACGCACCACUACACACGACGUCAUGAUCUCCAAGGCUCUCUUGAUCACGGCGCUCAUCGCCCACGUUGGGGCCCGCUUCGGCCAGGAACAGGUCCCCAUCCAGGCAAUCUCUGCAGUCCAAGGUGGUGAUCCUGGAGCUGCUGCUACAGUUGCAGGCGCUGCUAUCAGUGAUCUUCUCGGCGGAGCCAACUCUUGCGCAAAGCUUCAGCGCGCCGAUCAAGUCGUCAGCGAACUCGGUGGCGGCGCGGACGCCAUUGCCGCAGCCAUUGGCCUCGUCACGGCCGAGAAGAAUACCAAUCCCUUCGCCAACAACAACGUCCAGAACGUCUGCAGUGACCCAAGUUUGCCUGCUACCGCAGAGCUUAGGGGCAUCACUCCCUUGAUCGAUCCUGCUGUAGAUAUCAACGGUGAUGCUGCAGCGCUCAGUGCCAGCUCAGCCGCGAACCCUCUUGCCGCUGAUGGGUUGAGUGUGUUCGACCUAAUGAGCCAGGCUGGGUUAGGUGAUCUUGUGGUCUCUCAGGCAGCGGGUGCGAACGCUGCUGCGGGUGGAAAUGCUGGUAGUAACAAUCAGCAAGCCAACAACCAGAACCAGAACCAGAAUCAGGCGAACGGUAACGGCAACAACAACAACAACAACAACAGCCAGCAGGCGAACGGCAACCAAGGCUCGAACCAAAAUCAGAAUCAGUCGAACAACAACAACCAGCAGGCAAAUGGCAAUGGCAACGCAAAUCAGAACGCCAAUGCAGGAGGAAAUGCUUCUUGCAAUGCCGGAAAUGCGAACAAUGCUACUGAGAGCGCGAACCAGAACGCUGGCAACGCAAACAACUCGAACCAGAACGCGGGCAACAACCAAGCCAACCAGAACCAAAACCAGAACCAAAACGCAGGAAACAAUAACGGUAACAACAACCAGGACGCUGGCAACGCAAACCAAAGCGCCGCCGACAAUUCCACCGCCGGCGCAGACUUCGGCCAAUGCACACCGACCAUAAUUUUCGAAGGCGGGCAAAACGGGCGCCCCGCCAACGAAUUCACAUUCCAGAUCGCCGACCCCCUCGCGCGCGGCGGUCAGCAAGAAGCCCUGAACCCCAACAUCAUCACCAAUGCGUUGUGCAACCAGCUCACCAACGUGUGCGACGCGAACAAUGCGGCGAAGGCGGCGUGUGAGGAUGCGAAGGCCCAGGUCCAGGCUGCUGGAACCAGGGAUAAGAGUACGGCGGAUUUGUUUAACUCGGCAUUGGGGUUUGCGGGUGCUGUUACUAACCCCAACGGUGGACCGGCGGAGCCCGCUGCGAGCGGUGCUGCGGGGGGUGGGAACGGAAAUGCGAACAAGAGGAUGAGGAGGGGACUGAGGUUGUAGUGGAUGUGAACAUGAGCCAGGCAGGGUUUUCUGAGCGUAGCUCCCCUUUAACCCUGGAUCACGAGUGUGGAGGGGUGGUGACUAGGCAGGGUUGUUAGAGCG